AUGGAGUAUCCUCCGCAGUAUCAGCAGCCUCAUGGCCAACAUCCACACGCCCCCUCCCACAUGCCUGGCCCGUACCAAGGUGCACCCCAGAACCCUGGUGCUCCCGUGGGGUCGAUGACAUCGCCGACAAAUGCCCAGCAAUCCAUGCAACCACCACACCCCACCCACCAGACCUCCCCGAUCGUCCCGUCGCAACAGCAUUACCAGCAAGCGCAGAAUGCGCCGGGCGCCGUCCACCAGCAGAUGAGCUUCCCCCAGGGAUACGGCGUCACCGCCGCCAUGCCCCAGACAUACGGCAUCUCGCCGACGCAGGCCGCCGCGAUGGCCACCGCCGCCGCAUCCGGUCAGUUCUACCCGCUUCAACAUGACGGCAUGGCUGGCCAGAUGGCGCAGGGAUCGCGAGGCUCGCCGCGCAUGGCGGGCGUACCCAUGAAGGCAGAUCGGAACCCCCGUUCUCCGCCCCAAAUGCCCGGUCAGAUGCCCCCGAUGGGCUCGCAGGUCCCCAUGCCGAACCAGCAGAUGCCCGGCCAGCGCCGAAUGAGCCACGUCGGCAGCCCCAAUGUACAAAAUGCCCAGCCCGUGAUGAACCACGUCGGCCGGCCGCCCAUGCCGGGCCCUCACCAGGCCGCCAUCCAGCAGAACCAGCCAUCGCCUGAGAUGGUGCCCGGCGGCAACCAGGAAGAAUCCCCGCUCUAUGUCAAUGCCAAGCAGUUCCACCGGAUCCUGAAACGCCGUGUUGCGCGUCAGAAGCUUGAGGAGCAGCUGCGACUCACGUCUAAGGGACGUAAGCCGUACCUGCACGAGUCACGGCACAACCACGCCAUGCGCCGGCCUCGUGGUCCGGGUGGUCGGUUCUUGACCGCUGACGAGGUCGCCGCUAUGGAGAAGAAGGCGGCCGAUGGGGAUGGCGAUGCUGUUGCUGAUCUUGGCAAGGAGAACGGGUCCGCGGGCCAGAAGCGGAAAUCGAGCGAGGGUAAUGACGACCUUGGUAGCGCGAAGAAGACCAAGACGAGUGCCAGCGCGGAUGGAAGUGAGCAAGAAUCGGCCGAGCCCUCGGAUGAGGAUGGUUGA